AUGACGACCCGGGUAGCGGAGCAGGAGAACUACAAGGAAUGCAUGCCCUUCGCGCGGCAGCCUCUCAAGUCCAUCUACAUCGCCCAGCGGAUGUUCACCACACUCGUCAUGGUGCUGUGGUGGACAAUCUACUACACCGUCACGCCCAGGAAGCACCGCCCGAGGCCAUCGUGGUCCCUCAAGCAGAUCAUCUGCGUCAACUUCACUCGGCGAAUCUACAAGGUCACCGAGCUCGCGGGCGUGACAUGGGGCACACGCAACCCGGAAGAGACCUGCGACAACCGGUCGCUGAAGGAGACGCGCUUCGAGUGGAUCGAGCCGCUUCCGGAGGAGAUGCGGUCAGGGGUCAUCGUGGACUCGCAGGCAGAGUGCAAGCGAGUAGGUGUUUUCACCUGGCCGAGGGAUGCGCCCGAAGCCACUAGUAGCGAAAAGCAUGACCCGAAGGCAUCUGAGGUCGACUUAUCAGACGUGGAGGCUGGUGACGUCCCCGUCAUCGGGAUCUUCAUGCAUGGCGGAGGCUACUGCCAUAUGUCUGCGCAUGAGAACGCCCCGACCUCGAAAAUUCCCAGGCGGCUCAUGAAGGACAAGGCUUUCACGCAAAUCUACGCCGUGGAUUAUAGACUACUACAACAUGCGCCAUUCCCAGCUCAGGUUCAAGACGCAGCUGCAGUAUACUACCAUAUCGUACAGCAGCAUCAGCGCCAAAAUACCCCGUCGGCAGGGAGCUCGGAGCUUUCAUCGGAUUCGCGAAACACCAAUGACGGCAAUGUGCUCAGGAAGGACUAUCUGACGGCAGACCACGUCCCACAACAUGUCAAGGAUAGAGCGGAGAACGAGGAAGCGAGAGGGCGCAUGGCGCAGGCUGCGCGGAACAUGCGGUGCAAAAUUGUGCUCAUCGGCGACAGUGCGGGAGGUAACCUCGUACUUGCGCUCGCGCGCUGGAUCCGAGACGAAGCACGCCUACCACUUCCAGACGGACUGCUGUUGCUCUCGCCUUCCUGCGAUCCCUCCCAUGCCUUCCCAGAGUCCCCAUCCUCAUACGUCCCCCGGCCACACGCAGAUACGGACUACCUCGUCGACACGCCCGAGCCCCGCGCACUGCUACAGCGGACCUUCCUGGGGAACCACCCGCUCGAGAUGAUGCACAGCCCAUACGUCAGCCCGGCGUCACAGAAGGUGCUCCGCGCGUUCUACGGGGACGCGUUCGCGGAGAGCGUGCAGGACCUCACCAUCGCGCGCCUGAACAGCGUCGCGCGCGCGCACCUGCGCACGAUGGAGAGCGCGCCGAACACACCGGAGGAGGGCCCGCCCGCUGGCUUGGAGCUCGGGCGCAGCCCGACGAGCCUCGAGCGCCCGAUCAUCGCGUCGCCCCGCGGGCUGAGUUUGUUCAGCGAGUUUCCGAGGGCGUGUGUCGUGCUGGGGGAUGCGGAGCGGCUAGAAAGGGAGGUGACGAAGCUCGUGGGCGCGAUGGAGAGGGAUGGCGUGGAGGUUAAGACGGUGUGGGUCAAGGACGGGGCGCACGACGUGCUCAUGAUGGGUUGGUGGGACGAGGACGUGCGCACGAAGGUGUAUAAUGACAUUGAGGCGUGGCUGAAGGAGGUCUAG